UUUCUGUUUGGUCUGCUUCUGCUUUCUUUCUGCUAUCUUGCUACUGUAAUAAUAAAUAUAAAAUUGCUCUUGCUAUUUACCUUUCUGAAAUCUGAUUCUGUUGGUUCUGAUCUGAGUAUUUUUUAUUGAAUUCAAUGAAUUCUACAACUCUCGCCCAUUUUGAUACCAAUUUGAAUUAAUUCUUCCAAGUGUUCUAACUUACCGUUCUAUUGUCCGAUUAAUAAGCAAAAUGGUUGUAAUUUCAAUCGUAAAAACCGAGGAAUUUAAAGAUUUAACAGGUGGAGAAAAUCUAGCUGUUGUUCAUUUUUAUGCUGACUGGGCAGAGCAAUGCAAAGAUAUGAAUGAUGUGAUGGUUGAACUUUCAAAUAAUCCAGAACUGAAGGAUGUAAAAUUUGGUAAACUACUUGCUGAAGAUAUCCCAGAAAUUUCCAUGGAGCAUAAAAUCACAGCAGUUCCGACUUUUCUGUUACUACGGAAAGGUAAACUUGUUGAUAGAGUUGAUGGAGCCAAUGCUGCUGUACUUACUCAGAAAGUUACAAGACAGGCUAGCAAGGUGAUGAUUCCACCAAUAGCCAGAAAGCCAGAGCAGAGCCUAGAGUCCAGACUGAAGUCAUUAACCAAUAUGGCCCCAGUGAUGCUCUUCAUGAAGGGAAACCCAGCAGAGCCCAAGUGUGGCUUCAGUCGUCAGAUCAUUCAACUGCUCAACGAGCAAAAUGUUUCCUUCAAAACAUUCGACAUUCUGCAAGAUAAUGAGGUUAGGGAAGGACUCAAGAAAUUCUCAGACUGGCCAACUUACCCCCAGUUGUACAUUAACGGUGAAUUGGUGGGAGGACUUGACAUAGUGAAAGAACUUGUUACUAGUGGUGAACUCAAGACAAUGCUGCCAAAAUCCCUGGAAGAUAGGUUAAAAGGACUUAUAGAAAAGGAAGAUGUCAUGCUUUUCAUGAAAGGAAGUCCUGAACAACCAAGGUGUGGUUUUAGUAGGCAAAUAAUAGAAAUCCUCAAUAGCACAAAAGUCAAGUACGGCACAUUUGACAUACUAGAGGAUGACGAGGUGAGACAGGGACUGAAGGAGUUCUCCAACUGGCCGACUUAUCCUCAGCUCUAUGUGAAGGGUGAGCUAGUUGGUGGCAAUAACUGACUGUGUGUUGUAGAGUCAAGUACGGCACAUUUGACAUACUAGAGGAUGACGAGGUGAGACAGGGACUGAAGGAGUUCUCCAACUGGCCGACUUAUCCUCAGCUCUAUGUGAAGGGUGAGCUAGUUGGUGGCAAUAACUGACUGUGUUGUAGAGUCAAGUACGGCACAUUUGACAUACUAGAGGAUGACGAGGUGAGACAGGGACUGAAGGAGUUCUCCAACUGGCCGACUUAUCCUCAGCUCUAUGUGAAGGGUGAGCUAGUUGGUGGCAAUAACUGACUGUGUUGUAGAGUCAAGUACGGCACAUUUGACAUACUAGAGGAUGACGAGGUGAGACAGGGACUGAAGGAGUUCUCCAACUGGCCGACUUAUCCUCAGCUCUAUGUGAAGGGUGAGCUAGUUGGUGGCAAUAACUGACUGUGUGUUGUAGAGUCAAGUACGGCACAUUUGACAUACUAGAGGAUGACGAGGUGAGACAGGGACUGAAGGAGUUCUCCAACUGGCCGACGUAUCCUCAGCUCUAUGUGAAGGGUGAGCUAGUUGGUGGCAAUAACUGACUGUGUGUUGUAGAGUCAAGUACGGCACAUUUGACAUACUAGAGGAUGACGAGGUGAGACAGGGACUGAAGGAGUUCUCCAACUGGCCGACUUAUCCUCAGCUCUAUGUGAAGGGUGAGCUAGUUGGUGGCAAUAACUGACUGUGUUGUAGAGUCAAGUACGGCACAUUUGACAUACUAGAGGAUGACGAGGUGAGACAGGGACUGAAGGAGUUCUCCAACUGGCCGACUUAUCCUCAGCUCUAUGUGAAGGGUGAGCUAGUUGGUGGCAAUAACUGACUGUGUGUUGUAGAGUCAAGUACGGCACAUUUGACAUACUAGAGGAUGACGAGGUGAGACAGGGACUGAAGGAGUUCUCCAACUGGCCGACGUAUCCUCAACUCUAUGUAAAGGGUGAGCUAGUUGGUGGCGUGGACAUUGUCAAGGAACUACACGAGACUGGUGAACUCAUGUCAGUCCUUCAGCCGUCUUCGUAAUUUGUAGUUUUUCAUGUAUAAUUUCCAUUAGUUAAUACAAUUUUUUAAAUCCA